UGCGCUGGGUGUCAGACGUGUGGACAUUGUCAAAAAUUUCAUUUUACGUUUUGACGUUCGUAGUUUCGUAAAAAUAUUCGCAGUGAUAGUGAAUUUAAUCAAUUUCUGACUACAGUUUAGUACAACAAUAAGUUAAAAUGGAAGGAGGUAACAGGAAGACGAAUUCUCGUUUGAAUACAAUCACGAUAGACCGUGAUUCUAAGUUUAUUCUGCGAAAAAUUGUUUUGGAUUUCGCCAUUCUAUUUUGUGUUGGAUUCCUAAUCCUCGUGUUCUACCUCUGGGGUACUCCAUACAAACGCGGUUUCUUCUGCGACGAUGAAUCUCUUAAGCACCCUUACAAAGAGUCUACAGUCACCAAUGUUAUGCUGUACAUCGUUGGGCUCGGCCUUCCUGUGGUCACGAUGUGUCUCACGGAAUGGAUAAGGCUCCGCGACUAUAACAGCGGGCGUCCCCGAAAAGUUCUAGGCCGGGAGAUCCCACCCUGGGUAUGGGAAGCUUACCAAGUCAUCGGCGUGUUUUUAUUCGGAUGCGCCUGUCAGCAGCUCACCACCGAUGUGGCCAAGUACACUAUAGGAAGAUUGAGGCCGCAUUUCUUUGAUGUUUGCCAACCAAACAUCGACUGCACGUUACCAGCUAACAAAUGGCGCUAUAUCGAAGACUUCACCUGCCUCGCCACCAAUGAGAAACUGAAGAAAGAAAUGAGACUGUCCUUCCCUAGCGGGCACUCGUCGUUCUCUGCUUAUACCAUGCUGUAUUUUUCCAUGUAUCUUCAGAAGCGCUUCAACUGGCGCGGCUCGAAGCUGGUCCGCCACGGGAUCCAGUUCAUCCUAAUGCUGUUCGCGUGGUACACCAUCAUGACCCGUGUCUCCGACUACAAGCACCACUGGAGCGACGUGCUGGCUGGUUUCAGCAUUGGAUUGCUGUUUGCUAUUGUUAUUUUCGCCUUCGUGUCGAAUCUCCGCAAAAGUCCACGUUCACGGCAGCACAACCACGAGGCUGAGCUUCGAGUCACCAACGGGAACACGAGGGUGACAGUCUGACAGUCAUCCCCCACCAGCUCUCGAUGUGAAAGUGAUGCAGAAGAACUAUGAUACGAACCACCAACUGUCUCAUGGAUCUCCCAUGAGUACAUUGACGCCUGCCGGCAGUCGCAAGAGUGAAAUGUGCACAAACAAAAAAUCGUGAGUGCUUACGAUAUUGACGUUUCAAAUUUGAACCUUAUGUCUUUUCAACUAGUGUUAGAUUGCAUUAUCAGGCUGCUGAGACUUAAGUCUGUAUUAAAAUGUGUUUCAGUGACAUUUUAAAGUAAAUUGAACCUUAUGUCUUUUCGACUAGUGUUAGAUUGCAUUAUCAGGCUGCUGAGACUUAAGUCUGUAGUAAAAUUAGUCAUUUGUUCGACAUAUCACAAGCUAAAGUCAAUUCUAAUGCAUUUUUAAUAGAAAGGCAGUCUUUGUUACCCAAUUAAUGCAAGGGAUUGCAGCUGAAAAGAAAUUUUAGUCAUAUAAUAGCAGCUAUUGAAUGGUACAUAGAUAUUAUGUUCCUUUAACAAGUUUGUGUAUUUAUUUUGUGUUCUAUUGCUAUGUACAUAAGGUAUUUUACGCUUCUUUUUGGAGUGAGUUGCAGAGUUUUAUGAUAUUAUUAAAAUUACGUGGAAUUGGUUAGUUUAGUGGUGUAUGGGAAAGGGUAUGUGUUGAUUUAAAAUGUAAUUGGAAGAAUGGUUGAAUUUCGUAUUUGGAAGAUAAUAAAAAAUAUUAAUACCUACUUCGGCAUGAAACAUAUGUAGAAAAAAAGUGAAAUACAAUGUGUUGUUUUAAAGCCGCGUCAUUUUCUAGGAGGUAACUCGGGUAUCGAUUCUGAG